AUGGCUGAAGAAAAGAUUCCCAUAAACAUUGUCGUUAUUGGACAUGUCGAUUGUGGAAAAUCAACACUUAUUGGACAGUUGAUUUGUAAGUGUGGUGUUAUUGACAAACGAACAAUCGAAAAAUUUAACAAAGAAAUGGGAAAUAGUUCAUACAAAUAUGCCUGGAUAUUAGAUAAGUUGAAAGCUGAACGAGAACGUGAUAUUACCAUCCAUAUUUCAUCAUGGAAAUUCGAAACACAAAAGUGUUACAUUACAAUUAGUGAUGCGCCAGGAUAUCGAAAUUAUGUUAAAAGUAUGACGAUAGCGGUAUCGAAAGCUGAUUGUGCUGUGUUGGUAGUUGCAGCUGCUUUGGGAGAAUUUGAAGCUGGUAUUAGUAAAACUGGUCAGACACGUGAACACAUAUUACUAGCUUAUACGUCAGGUGUAAAACAGAUGAUCGUUGUCGUUAAUAAAAUGGAUAUAAUCGGUUACAGUUUAAGUACUGUAGCAUUUGUUCCCAUUAGUAGCUGGCAUGGAGAUAAUAUGGUCGAACCGUCAGAUAAAAUGCCAUGGUUUAAAGGAUGGAAUAUCGAGCAUAAAGAAGAGAAUGUCAAUGGUAUAACAUUAUUAGAAGCAUUGAAUGCUAUUAUUCAACCAACAAGGUCAACUGAUAAAUCAUUACGUAGGUUAUUCAUUGAUUUAAACGACUUUUUGUUCGACUCCCAAGUAAUUAUGAGACGUUCUAUGAGCUCAGAGAGUUAUCCUGUCGCAUGCUCAAUAGCUUUUAUUGUCACACAUCAUCGGACAAAAUAA